AAGAGGUAUUGCUUCUGGCUGUUACAAGAGUUUUGAUAUUUACUUGCUUCUAGCUUUUUUGCAAGGUUUUUCAAGUUGUUGGCAACGUGGUCUUGUCUUCAGAAUCCACGUGAAUAAGUCUAGCAGGUUGUGCAUCAAAUAAGAACCACAAAAGGGUUUCCGAGCAACCCAUGAAGUUUCUUCUGCGCCAAAUUCAAAAAAGAGAUCGAAGCAGUGCAGCAAGAAAAAAUACUGUACUGCGAUACUGUGUAAGCAUUUAUUUUGUUUUUCAUCAAUCACCGAGAUGCCAUUCACUGGAGAUGAAAGUAGAAAUGGACUAAUAAAUAAUUGCAGAAGAAUGAAGUUGUGUUUGUCCUGGCAUACUGCGUUUGAGAUAAUGGUUUCUCCUGAAAAUGGAUAAUGGUUUCUGAUGAUCUUACGAUUAGAACUUGGCUCAGUGCGUUGCCAACAUAACACUUGAUUUCCCUUGAUCUUCAAAUAAGUCGGGCAUAUAAGAAAAAAAAAAGACGCAUUUUUCAUCUUGAUCUGUGUUUUUGAGUUAUUUUUUCACACAGAUGGCGCGAGUGUGUUUAGAUUCAGAUUUUGAAGAUGAUCUGGUUGAUCAGUGUCCGGAAAAUUAUGGUCCUGAGCUGGAGCACGCUUAUUCAAGUCCACGAGGCAGUCCCUGCAAAAGUGAUUGUGCACGAGAUGUAACGCAAAAUCACGCAUUGAAUUCAACAGACGUUUCGCAAGAUGAAUCUGCUGUUGAACAAGAACGCCUUAAAAGAAAGUACGAACGGAUAUGUCAGAAGUGCGCCAGUUUACAGAAGGAGAACGAGAGGAUCGUAUUUCAUCUGCAGCAGCUGAAGCGUGCAAUCAAAAGACGACGGAAAGAGCGAAAAUUUCUUAUGGAUCGACUUGAUGCCCACGGUGACAACUUUAGGAAAGCCCCGAUAGCUUAUCCAAUCGAAGACGUGGUGGAUUUUGUCGAAGAAACUCAAUCUCAAGUUCACGCAAUUUUUGGAACAAAGCAAGCUUCUUCUGAACCGUCAAGGAAAAGACAAAAAUCCAAGUCAAGUUCUGAUCGCAGCCAUUCCCGCCGAAGUCGUCCAACAAACGCAUCAGUUGUGAUACCAGUACACUGAGUGCAGCCUGUGCUCUCAAAAAAUUGAUUAUUUCCAAGGUGUUCGACAACAAAAUAAAAUUGGAGCUUUUGUUGCUUUAAAACUA